AUGAUCUGGUACCUUCUCUACCCCCUCCGAGGAACGACUCAACCGCCACGCCUGUCUUCCAACCAUCCCAUCCGUCGAGGCUUUUAUCGCCAUGGCAGAACGACUGCACAACACUGGCUGGUCACCAUGCUCGUCUCGGUGGCUAUUGCUAUGGGCUUCUCUUAUCCAACCAUCCUACUAGCUGAGAAUCCAACAGCGGGCUUCGCCACUUUCCCACACCAUGUCUGGACGACCGCCAAACCAUUGGAAGGCAAUCCCAACAGAGCGGAUGUCGAGAUGCGGCAAGUCUGGGUUCACGGCAGCUACAUGAAGGCUCUGGACAAGGGGGUUCUGAACAACGCACUCGACAUCCAACAAUCGCUUGUGGGAGGCGAGCCCUUGACGUCGAAUCAAGUCCCUUCUCUACACGACAAGCUGCGAUCAAGCACGCUGGACUGGGGCUACCAUUCUCCGCUGAUGUAUUGGAACAACUCGCACGAGACCAUUGAUGAGGACGGCGACAUCUUGCAGACGAUCAACGACAAGGCUCGCUCGACGUCUUCUUUGCUCAACGUGGCUCUUCGACCGGCUUCUGUUUUUGCUGGCAAGAAGUUCCAGCGUUCGAAGUUGAUUGCUGCAGAUGCUCUUGUGAUAACCUUGAUGAACAAGGUGCAAGAUGGCAUUGGCGCUCAAUGGCGGAAAAGAAUGUCUUCUUUGACAUCCAGUUGCACUCUCUUUCCGCGGGACGGACAAGUCACUCGGAACAAAGUGUACGAGUUCAGCAUCAUCCCGCUGAGUCUCAAGGAGAACUUCGCACUUUCGAUCGCAUAUUGCUGCAUGGCUCUUUACGUCUUGCUGAGCUUGCGACGGAUCAAAGCCUUCCACAGUCGAUUCGGUCUGGUUUACACUGCUAUCACGCAAAUGACAUGCUCGAUCAUGUCCAGUUUCACUAUCUGCGGUAUUCUCAAGAUCAACCUAUCAAUGAUACCUCAGAACGCAUAUCCGUUUGUCGUUUUGGUGCUCGGCAUCGAGAACAUGUUUCGACUCAUCAACGCCGUCGUGGCAUAUCCGCCCACGAUGGCCACAGAGCUCCGCCUUGCAAACGCACUCGGAGACAUUGGACCAGUUAUCGUGGCGACAGCAGUGCAAAACCUGAUCAUGCUUGCUUUGCUUUCGAGAGUCGUCUCUCCCGGAGUGGCAGCCUUCUGUGUCUUUGCCUGCAUCGCCGCUCUCUUCGACGUCUUCUUCCUUCUUACCUUCUUCAUCGCAGUGCUGAACGUCGAUAUCCGCCGUUUCGAGCUGCAAGAUGCAUUGGCAAGAGCGAAUCAGUCUCGACCUAGGCGCAAGCCGUCCCCUGUCCACCACCACACAUGGUUCGACGCUUUGGUGCACGGCCGAUUGCCUUUCAGCACACGCAUGGCUGGGACAGCAGUGACUACCACCUUCAUCCUCUCGCUCAACUACCACUUCUUCGAGCAGAAGGAGAAGGCUACGAGUCUCAGGCACCUGCUUCAGCUCAUCAAGAAUGGCCCACCAAUGCUGGACGAGUUUGACAGCUUCGCGCCACCCCCGAUCAAUGCUUCGCUCACUCCUGGACAGUGGAUGAGAAUGCAAGACUUUGACACCGCGAAAGAGGUUAUGAGGCUUGCGAAACCAGGAGCGGACAGCUUCAUCGUCCGCGUCUUCUCGCCGCUCAUUGUUGUCUUACCUGGCGCGGACAGGACGGACGUCGAUGAAGAAGAGGCCUGGAGUUCAGCAUUCCGCAGCUUCGCGGUCGGCCACUUCUAUCCUGUCGCUGUUGCGGUGGUUUUCAUUGUGGCUUUCGUGGCGGUGCUCAUGAAUUUCCUGCUCUACACGGACCACGAAGAGGAUGAGCUUCGCAUGGAUGGUGAAGAGGAGCAAGAUGCGGUCAAAGUAGGUAGCGUUGCGCUUCCACACAAGCUCGACAUCAUCAAGAUGUUCACGUCACAAAAGGGAGCUCUUGUGACCAUUGGGCUGGACAGAACCAUCGCGAUCACGACCUUGGACGCAUCUCAGCGAGCGCAAAGGAUCAUGUGCUUCUCAGGAGAAGCUCUUUCCACCAUUCAAUGGCCCAUCUACUCAACGGCUGUCGAUGACAACUGCGAGUGGAUUGCCUGUCACUGCGCAGACGACCGGAUACUGCUGUACAGCUGCGUCAAAGCAUCAUUCGUCAACCCUUCCAUAGACUACCCGGACGACAACCCGCCGGUGCUCUUUAAGUUCGUCCGCUUGCCGAGUUUAGAAGGCAGCCAGCUUCACUUCCUGGCCUUGACUUCUGGUGGGCGAUUAGCCACUACGAACGUUGAUACCGGCACGUCCGCAGUCAAGCGUCUGGAGCACAGCUCGUUGCUUGGUGCUGCCAUGCAGGAGAUGUCCACGCAAGGCCGACGGCUGGUGGUGUUCACCGACCAAGCCCAGAUCAUUGCCUAUUCGUGGAUUGAUGGCAGGUGGACGCAGACCGUCACCCAAAGCCUGCCAGUGAGGACUACUUACGGCCGCCUGACUGGAAGAGUCCGACUGGAGCAGACUGCCGAGCUGGGCUCCGAGGUCUGUGUCGUCAUUACGUCGCGAGAUGUUCUGUUCCUUGAUGCCCAGACGUUCGCCACCCUCAGUCAGGUCAAUGUGGACGACCAUGACCCGUCGCUUGCUGGAUUCAUGCUGGGACAAGGCAAGCAGUGCGCUUCCUGCGGCUCACCAGCUCUGCGAAGCAUGGCAUUGGUCACUGAAGGCAUCAGCGAAUAUGAACGCAGCGUCGUGACGCUUUCGGCCACUACGGGCAAAGAUGCCGCACUAUGCCUCAAGGCCGGCGAUGCGUCCUGCAACCCCGUCAGAACUGCUCAACGCACCACACAAAAAGUCGAGAAUACCGGUGCCUGGAGCAUCGUGAACUCGCAAGCCGUCCUUGGCCUGCGCAAGCAGCAUCAUGAACAAUUCAAUGGCGCUGCACCACCCCGUCCUUCGGUCAGAAGCCGGCGAACGAAGCGCUCGAAGCCGCAGAGCGAAGAGAUUGACCUCGCGUGGGAAGCAUACCGACUCUCCAUCGAUGGCUCACUGGACGCCGUCCAAGUCCUUGCAAGCGACAGUACAGAUGCCGGGCCAGACAACUCGCUAUAUGUCUCCAACGCCGGUCCAGCAGUAGCAAUAGACGGCCAGACCAUCGCAGUGGCUUUUGGCAACACCGUCAAAGUCAUCACGUCGACGAGACGUGGAUCGAUGGUGCGGCGGGCUACAGGUCGGACGUUUGAGAGGCAGCAGCAGCCUGAGGUUAUGAAGGAUUCGAGCGCGAUACUGACGCGACCUCCUUGA